AUGGACGUUGGUCAUAAAAUUUUUUUCUUCCUUUCACCCCCCCUUUUCACAUCCUCCCUUUUUUCGACUCCCCCUUUCCCUGCUCCCCUUUCUUCGCCUUCAUCUCGUCCUCCUCUCCUUUCACCCCCCUUUUCACAUACACCUUUUUCGCCUCCCCUUUCCCUCCUCCCCUUUCUUCGCCUUCAUCUCUUCCACCUCUUCUUUCACACAUACCUUUUUCACAUCGUCCCCUUUUUUCGCCUCCCCUUUCCCUCCUCAUCUUUCUUCGCCUUCAUCUCUUCCUCCUCUCCUUUCACCCCCCUUUUCACAUCCUCCCCUUUUUUCGCUUACCCUUUCCUACUCCCCUUUCUUCGCCUUUAUCUCUUCCUCCUCUCCUUUCACACCCCCUUUUCACAUCCCCAUUUUUCGCCUCCCCUUUCCCUCCUCCCCUUUCUUCGCCUUCAUCUCUUCCUCCUCUUCUUUCACACAUACCUUUUUCACAUCUCCCUUUUUCCUUCCUCCCUCCCCCCUUCGCCUUCAUCUGUUCCUUCUCUCCUUUCACCCCCUUUCACAUCCUCCCCUUUUUCGCCUCACCCUUUCCCUCCGCUCCUUUCUUCGCCUUCAUCUCUUCCUCCUCUCCUUUCACAUUCCCCUUUUCCUCCUAUACUUUAUUCGCCUCUAAUUCUUUUCCCUCUUACACUCUCUUUGUCUCUUACGUUGCUUCCCCAACUUUACGUUUCUUCCUUUCCCUCCUCUCCUUUCUUCACAUUAUCUUUUUGUUCUUCCCUUUUCUUCCCCUUAAUCUCUUCCUCCUCCCCUUUCAACCCCUGUUUUCCUCCUACCUUUUAUUCGCCUGUAAUUCUUUCUCUCUCUUACAGUAUUUCCGCCUCUUACGUUGCCUCCCCUUUUUCUAUCUUGAACAAGCAGCUUGGUUACCAUAGAGACAAUUCAGCCUUAUACCAUACAAGUCCGCUAGUGUUUGCCAAGUGGCGGGAAUUUGACACCGUCUCUGCUGCUUCUGCCUCCGCCAUCAUAGCCGCCGAAGCCAUCGCAGCCGCCGUCAUAAAAUGUGUCUAUCGAGAGCUGCUUAUUUUCUGA